AUGAGUAAAAGAGUUUCUACAAAUGUAAUACAACAAUUUCAUAAAAUAACAAGAGAAGAACGUGCCCGAAAUUUAGGAAAAUAUCCACAAUUUCGUGGAUGUACAUUAUGGUUUACAGGUCUUCCUGCUGCAGGAAAAACAACUAUUUCAAUGAGAUUAGAACAAUUAUUAAGUAGAGUAGGAAUACCAUCAUAUGUUCUUGAUGGUGAUAAUAUGAGGCAAGGAUUAUGUAGUAAUUUAGGUUUUACAUUAGAAGAAAGAAAAGAAAAUGUUAGAAGAGUUGCUGAGACAGCUAAACUUUUUGCUGAUUGUGGUAUAAUAACACUUGUUAGUCUUAUCUCACCAACAAUUGCUGAAAGAGAGGAAGCAAGAAAAAAACAUGAAGAAGCUGGUUUAUUAUUUUUUGAAAUUUUUGUUAAUACACCAUUAAAUAUUUGUGAAAAAAGAGAUCCUAAAAAUUUAUAUAAAAAAGCUAGAGCUGGUUUAAUAAAAGGGUUUACAGGAAUUGAUGAUAUUUAUGAAAUACCAACAAAUCCAAAAUUAAUUUUAGAUGCUGCUGGUAAUACAGAACAUGGUUGUGUUGAAAGAUGUUUCGGUUUAUUAUAUGAUCAUGGUCUUAUACCAGAAGAUUGUGCUUUAGAAUAUUAUGAACAUGGUAUUAAAGAAUUAUUUGCUAAACCACAACAAAUUGAAACAUAUCAACAACAGAUAGAAUGUUUUCCAUCAAUUGAUUUAACAUUAGAUGAUUUACAAUGGAUGCAAGUAUUAGGUGAGGGAUGGGCUAGUCCAUUAAAUGGUUUCAUGAGAGAAAGACAAUAUCUUCAAUGUUUACAUUUUGGUCAAAUAUAUGAUUCAUAUACAAAAUUUGAUGAAACUGGUAAUGAAAAAUAUACCCCAGAAAGUAAUCGUACCUCAUCACAAUCAAUACCAAUUGUUUUACCUAUUAAUGAGGAAAAAUGUCAUGAAAUUGGUAAACAUAGACAUGUUGGUUUAAAAUAUGAUGGUAGAUAUUUAGCUAUUUUAGAAAAUAUUGAAAUAUAUCCACAUCGUAAAGAGGAAAGAAUAUGUAGAAUAUUUGGUUAUAAUGAUAAACGACAUCCAGGUAUUAAAAAAAUAUCACAACAGGGUGAUUGGUGUAUUGGGGGUGAUUUAAUUGUAUUUGAAAGAAUUAAUUAUAAUGAUGGUUUAGAUGAAUAUAGGCAUACACCAAGAGAAUUAAGAGAAAUUUUUUAUAAUGCUAAUUGUGAUGCUAUUUUUGCUUUUCAAGUACGUAAUCCUAUACAUAAUGGUCAUGCAUUAUUAAUGAGACAGACAAGAGAACAAUUAUUAGCACAAGGUUAUAAAAAUCCUAUGUUAUUAUUACAUCCUAUUGGUGGAUGGACUAAAGAUGAUGAUGUACCAUUAAAUAUUAGAAUAAAACAACAUUUAGCUGUUUUGGAGGAAAGAAUUCUUGAUCCAAGAUGGACAGUUAUAUCAAUAUUUCCAUCACCUAUGUUAUAUGCUGGACCAACAGAAGUACAAUGGCAUUGUAAAGCAAGAAUAGCUGCUGGUGUUGAUUGUUAUAUUGUUGGUAGAGAUCCUGCUGGUAUACAAAAUCCUGAUACAGGUGAUUUUUUAUAUGAUCCUACACAUGGAUCAAAAAUUCUUUCAAUGACACCAGGAUUAAAAGGUAUACAAAUUAUACCAUUUAGAGUUGCUGCAUAUAAUAAAAGAUCAGGACAAAUGGAUUUUUAUGAUGAAAAUCAUAGAGAUGAUUAUUUAUUUAUAUCAGGUACAUUAAUGAGACAAUUAGCAAGAAAUGGACAAACACCACCACAAGGAUUUAUGGGACAGAAGGCAUGGCAUGUACUUUCUGAUUAUUAUCAAUCACUAGGUUCAUUUUAA